UUCUAUUAACGGGUUAAAGAAAAAGUUAGAAAAGAAAGGAAAGAAAGAAAGAAAGAAGGAUGGAAGAGGGAGAGACAAAUCGAAGCGGCGGCAAGCUUUCCUUCGCGGUGCGAGAUCGAUAAACGCGAGGACGUUACCGGAAGCCGAGUACCUCCGGCGCUACUUUUGUAACGAGAGGGGAAUAACAUUUCUUCUUUUCUUUUGAUUUUUUUGUUCAUUCUUCUUCGUAACACGCGGAACAACACCUGUCGUUCUAUUAUUCUAAUGUUACUCUGACAAUGAGAUAAAGUAAAAAGAAGAAAAGAAAAGACAAGAGAAAAAGAAGAGAAACGAGAGAGAGAGAGAGUGUGGGUGAGAAAGAGAAGAGAAGAGAAGAGAAGUGAAGUCGGAGGGUUGAAGAAGAGGGAUGAUGAUGGUGGAGGUCGACGAGUAGGCGUCCGUCCGUCCGAUCGAGCGGAAACCUCCCUCCUGGCGCUUUGGGUGCGAGGGAUGCGGAGAAGGAAGGCUGCCGUCGGCUUUUUCCGGCGGCAAGUACGCGCCGCCGCGAUGAUGCCACGCGAGGAGGAGGAGGAAAAGGGAAGAAGAAGGGUAGGGAAGGGUAGAAGGGAAAGAGACCGUUCGUCACGGUUGCUGCUGUCGUCUCCUGCGAGGACGUCCGAGGAUGUCGUUUUGUAUCCCUCUUACACUUGCUACGAUAGACGAUGAAACUUAUUGGAGACAAAAAGUCGUUCGUCUUCUUAGUUAAUAAAACUAAUUGGUGGUGUUUGUCGAUAGACGACGAUCAUUAUUUGUCAGGAUUAUUAAUAAAAUUCUUCAUUCGAUCGGAAUAAACAAAAUAAAAGGUGCGGGUGAAUCAUGAAGGAACACGGUAAUAGUAAGCAUUCGGCGGAAGCGCCUACGAAGACCCUCAAGUCUUUAUUAAAGAAGCCCGGCCAGACUAAAGGCAAAACUCGAAAGAAUCGCGUGGUUAUUAAUGAAAAAUUAAAUGAAUUCUUUGCUGCCGAUUAUAUUAUACUUAUUAAAGAAGAGUGUUGCGCCGAAUACGAGGAAGAUUGCGACUGUUGUUGUCAGGAACACGAGUUCAUACGUUUGGGUAAUUGUAAGGAGUGCCGGGCUGAAUUGAAUCUUCAUUUUGGCGUUACGGAGGAUGGUCGUUACGGUGGAGCAGAUGGGGAGGCAGACGAAGAGGAGGAUGAAGACGAGGAUGAAGAUGAGGAUGCGGUUGAUGAAGAAGAGGAAGACGACGAUGACGAUGACGACGACAACCAAGAGGAGGAAAUCGUUGUCGUUGAUUCCGUUAAUGCUGCAACUACUGCUGCAUGUAACAUAAACGUUAAUAUCAAUGCAAAUAAUGUAGAAAAUUAUCAACAACAUCAACAUCCUCCUCGAAUUCCCGUGGAUGUUCGUAAAAAAGAUGAUACUACGGAUGAUGCGAUUAUUGCGUGCGAACUCGAAUCGAAUGUCGUUGAACACAAAGCUGAACUCGAAGUCGAACGCGAAACGAAAGAGUCGACUGAUCGGCAGGAAGUGGUGCCGGCUAUUGUUCCCGAGAAUCACACAGACACGGCUGUUCAAGGUGAAGGAGCCGAGCGUCAGCAGGAGACGCUCAGUCCUCCGGAAGGUUACAAGGACGUUUGCGUCGAUGGUGCAACGAUUUUGGAUGACGGUGAUCGUCAUCAAACGAGACUAUUGCCACCCCCGCCAACUUGCACCGAUUGCGAUUAUUAUCACCGUAGGAAAACUGGUGCCCAAGAACAAAUUAAGGUCAAUGGGGCCGAUUCUGAACGGGAGGAUGCUGCUGCUAUCGUUGAGAAUUUUAAAGAAGCAAACAAUCAAGUUCGAUCCUCUACGCCUAAUGAUUUGCAUCAUCGGUAUUUAGUCGAGACGAUAACCAUGACGACGGUCACCGAACGACGAAUCAUCCGUGAAAUCAGUGAGAACGAGAGAAAAAUUUGUUUGGACGAACUUGAUCUGGAACCAGAAAGAUCAACCAAUGAAAUUGCUAAACAGGAUGACAUUUCAACGACGGAUUCAUCUUCUUCUACGACGACAACGAUGACUACGUCGACAUCGAAUGUUUGUCGCGAAUGUGGUAGUGGUGGUAGUGGUGGUGGUGGUGGUGGUGGUGGUGGUGGUGUUGGUGGUUCUGGUGUUGAGGAAACGUACGCUGAAACGGUCGAGGACAAUGAGAAAAUGGAUAACAUCGUUGUAAUUGGAAGUAAUAAUAAAAAUGAAAACGAGGAAAGAACGAUAGGUGUUGGUAGUUCUGGUUCUGGUUCUGGGGGUGGUGGUGGUGGUGGUGGUGGUGAAGAAGAGAUGGCAGAGAGUCAAGGGGAUGAAAAUAACGAGUCGAAGGAAACUCUUCAAGAUGUUACGGAAUUAUCUUUGACAUUUAAACUUGGUAAUUUAGCUAGCAACAGCUUGAAACCAAAUUCAGCAGUGAGACAAUUAUUUCCCAAUCCAAGAUUCAUCUCACCACCACCAGCACCUUUGAACAAAUCCGUCUCGUUAGUCGAUUCUGAUAAUAAUACAUAUUCGGAUGCACAAAAGUUUCUCAUUACUGCUGAAAAUUUACGUUUGUUCGAUACCACAAAGAGAUCAUCGGGAAAAAUGGCUAACACUCGUAGCGAGUCUUGCGAAAGUGAACCAAGUACGAUCAAAAGAACGAUCGAGAGAAACACUUUGAGAAGAAGUUUGAUUGGCAAAUGUAAUGCCACUACUAGAAAGAAAAAUCUCAGAUCUAAAGACUUGUCUUUGGAAGAAAGAAUCAGACAACUCACUUGUGUUGAUCAAGACGAGGAAGUUACUGAAGAGUCAUCUAAAACUACGGAACUUGUUUUAGAUCAAGAUAACGAGAGGUUGGAAUUCUCAGUACGAACUUCACCAUCCGGUGAAGAACAGCCACCGAUUGAACGAUUUUCUCAAAAAGUUGCAACCUUGAAUAACGCAAUGACAGCAACGUUACCUUUGACAACUUCGACGUCGACUACCAUGAUUCCAAUGGUAACGACGAAUCAACCACCACCUCCUAGCACAUCAACCCCAAUGACGUUGCCAGUAACAACGUCAAACGUUUACAAUUCUAAAGGUAAUCCAUUGAUGGAUAAUACUACAACAAAUCAAUCAACUUAUAGAAAGAUUACAGAUCUUUUCGCGUAUAAGAAAAAUACCGAGCCAAAUUUACCAGAUCUUGGUAUUGGUAACAAUGGCAGAGGUACUUUGGUUAAAGAAUGUCAAUCGAAAAAUUCAUUAACUAAAAUGAAUUCCGAAGUUAGAAGACAAUUUUUAGCCAGUCUUGCUCCAUUAUCUUGCGUCACGGUUAAUAAUGCUGACACACGUGAGGAUUAUUAUAGAAUCGAGCCAAGAAUUACGACUAAUGUAAAUAGCAAUCCGAUAAAUCACCUGUCCGAUUCAGCGUACAGCUUGGAGGACAUAGAAACGGCAUUAAAUAGAAAUCGUGCCAGUGCUCCUGAUGUUACGAGGGGUACACCAGUUGGUAAUAGGCCAGACAUCAGUGAGAACUCAGCAGAUGAGUUGCUUGCAUUCGUUGAACAAGAUAAAUCCAGGAUGGAACGUAUAAAACGACGAUAUAGCGAGAACGAUCAUAGUCUCGUUAAUGGUGUUUUAGGAGACGAUAAAAUGGCGAAUACCACGACGACUAGUAACAAUGAGCACAGUCAUGAUGAUUGUCAUGGUGAGGAAGACGAUCAGGAUGAUGAACUAAACGAUUACGGUUUUAACAGACGUCCACCUGUUCGAGGUAUCAAACCUCUGUUUAGUACAACCAAUGAGAUUGUACAUCAGCUUCGUUCUCGGAACGUAGUGACCAAUGAUUUCAGUGACGUUAGAGAAACAUUUGCUACUGCAUGGCCAAUGCAUUACGAUAAAAAUGGUGAUAGAAUCGAUGGUAGUAAAAAUUUAUUGACUAUGGACAACAUUCCGACGAACGUGUAUGACACGAUGCCGAAAGAAGACACGAACACGAUCGAUAGAAUAAAUAGUAUGCAAAAACAAAUCGAUGAUAUUUAUCAGACGAUUGUAGAGACAGCGGUUACUCAAGGUAAUCUCGAUCGUGUUACUUAUUUAGAAAACACGUUGCCACGUCCAUUGGUAAGAAUACCACCGACCGAUGGUAUCUCUCAUCAAUAUCCUGAACAAAAGAAUGGUCAGAAUUAUUUUGCGGAUAAACAUCAGCCAACCAAUGUUCGUAUGUUACGUAUCGCGGGUGGUGGUGAAGAAACGAUACCUGCUACUAAUUAUACAGCAACAUUACCAGCUAAAAUUCGUCGUUAUCCACCAACGACGAUUCCUAAUUAUCAUUGCAACGUAGUCUCGCCAACUGCGGCAUCCAGCAGUGCCGGUGGUAGUGGUGGUGGUGGUGGUGGUACUAAGUGUUAUCGUACGAUGUAUUUCGUGCCAUACAAUGGAAUCUCGGAUCCGACAUAUCAGAACAUUCAACGAAUCUUACCGCCACAUUCGUCGCCUAAUUACGCGACCCACAUAGAGCGUUAUCCUUAUCCUCGACAGGCGAAGAUUGAUAGCCCGCAGCAACAGCAGCAGCAGCAGCAGCAGCAACCACCGCCGCAACAGCAGCAGCAACCACAACAGCAACCACAGCAACAUCAGCAGAGGUACUACCCACGUCCCUUGGCGCCAAAUACUUAUUUAACCUCUCAACAACCACUUCCUGAUUCUGCUCCACCUAAUUGUCUUCCUUCCCAAACACCUCAGCAGACGCUCCAAUUACACCUACACCAUUUAUCAUCCGUUCCACAUGCCGCUGUUCAUCCUAUCCAAUUUCAACAUCGACAACAUCAUCAUCAAAUAGCCUCGUAUCACCUGCAAUCUGUAUUACCUCCACCUCCACCACCCCCAACAUCUUACACGGUGAUUGCACCUCCUAGAUGCGCCUCCACGGUAACUACCGGGCAUUCGACAAAUCCAGCCUAUCAUCUUUAUCAAAUACCACUUGGCCGAAGUUCUGCUACCGUCGCUACGGCCGCUGCAGCAGCCGCUGCAGCAGCUGCAGCGGCGGCAGCUGCGAACGCCACUGACGUACAGACACAAACCGUCUCGACGUCCUCCUCAACCCCAUUGUCCGUACCCGUUACCUCUUUUAAACCUAUCUGCGAUUUACGCCUAUCCGCGAGUUUUUCCGUCAACGAUCAACAAGGAAACGUUAAUAUCGGUGGCCCACUUUCGGCAUCUUCCUCGUCUUCUUCCUCGGCGUUAUCUUCACCUACGAAACAACAACAACAGCAACAACUGCAACAACAACAACAACAACAACAACAACAACAACAACAAUUAGUAAAUAAUUCGUGUAGCGUCGCGGAACGCGGUGUACCCGAAGGUGCAGCCAGUGCACCCUCGCACGAUUUUUCUCAGUCACCACCACAACAACAAUCUUCUCAGCAUCAUCAAACUACUCCUCAAACACCAGCACUAUCUCAAUCGACGACAACCUCGAUGUCCCACUUACUCCUCGUGUCAAACUCUUACGGUGGGCAUCGUGCCAAUACCCUAAACCCGCCUACCGACUCACAAAACUCCGUGUAUUACGCGAUGAACGUUUAAAGGGCCAAUGCACCCCCUCUUUUGACCAAUUUCACUUGGUUGGACUCGAGACUACUACUUCUUGCUCUCAAGAGACUUUAAUCGUAUAAUUAUACACCUACACCCAAACCCCCAAAUAAUAAAAUACACACGUACAUUUUACUUACACACAUACACAUACAUACAUAUGAAAAAGGGACACGUACGAAGAUGAGGGAUGCAGGUGAAAUUAACUCGCAUCGACGAUUCCUUUUCUUUGAUGUGGUGGAAAAUGACGACAGGUAUGUAGAAAAAAAAAUGGAUGAGAGUGAGUGAGAGUGAGUGAGUGAGUGAGUGAGAGAUAGAAAGAGAGUAUGUGUGUAUGAAUGAAAAGGACACGAGAUUAUCGUAAAGGGAAAGCAGGACGGCGGCGGCCCCUUUUUUUUUUUGCCAUGCU